UCGUCUCAAAGUUGGAGGCGAGGGAGGUUCUUUGUCCUUCAUGCCUCCAGUAUGCCGUAAGAAAGGUUUUACAUCAUCGACGGACGGCUGCGGGCGCCCGCUAGAAAGAGACACCAUGAAACCAGCUGCUGGGGAGAAGCCGUCAGACUACGUCAAGAAAGAGGACUCCGCGUCCGACGAGGAUUCAAGAUCAAGCAACAUACAACAUGGUCCACGCCCUCUGAAUGAGUAUGAAGGAACCGUCCCUAGCUUCUUCAAGGACCAGAAAGGUCAGUCCCAAAUGGGAAUCCUCGGUUCUGCAGAUCCAAAACGCUGCCUAAAACUCCAGCUGAAAUCAGUCAGAAGUGAGGCGGCAUCCAGAUGGAGAAAACACCUCCUAGCGAAGGUAGAUGAAGAUGUUUGUGCUGGUGCUGCUGAGUGCGGAGGAAACAGACUUGGGGAGCGUCGUGAUACUGCACCUGUUCGGGGAACAGGGCUGGAGGAAGGGUCCAACAAAGAUGGUCUGGACAUCCGAGCGGAGGAGUACAAACUACAAGGAAACAAUCUUCUUUUCUUCGAUCUGUUUAUGCGUCCUCUGGCGGAUCUCAGGAUAGGUUCUCGGAACCGAACUGCUAGACAAAGCCAGGUGGGUAAACUGCGUCAUGAUCGUAUGGGACAUGGAUACGGUGUAAAACACUGGCUUGAUCGGUAUCAGCGUCAGUCUGAUCACAAUGAGGAGGGUCAAGAAGAGCCGAAUCUCCAUGGGGAACAUCACAAAGGUGGCGCGGUCAGAAUGUUUAAGGAAAAACAGGAACGACAUAUUAAGAAGCCUGCCUCAAAACACAGUCAAAAUAGGCGACGCUCAAGCCGAAACGUCACAAAACUAGCUUGCCCUGAAAGCACUAGAGCACAUGACACGGUUCGCAAAAAAGGCAAACGUGAAGUUCAAGGUCAAUGGCAAGUUCAAGAUAAUGGAGAACCUGAAAUGAAGUCCAGAACACAACAAACUCAAGACCAUCAUGGCACAUGUACCGAGAACCAGGAUUUGAAACGAGAUCAAGGUCAAGGUCAAGGUCAGUGUCAAGAAUGCACUUCACUACUUCUGCCAGACACUGCUUCACAAGACACUGGUUGGCAUCCACUGAGAAGGACGAAGGCCUAUCUGACCCUUCUGUCGCUCUCAAACAUCUCUUUGGGAGAGUCCGAGCUGGCUGAUAUAUCAGCCAGUGAGUCUAACGAGAGUCUAGAAGCGUACAAAGAACCAGCCAAGUCCAAACUCUCCUCACAAGAGACAAAUCACGCUGCCGGAAGAAACAGUAGUGCGGUGUCUCGGAAAGAGGUGUUCCGUGCAGACACAGAUCACGGUCAUUCCGAUGUGUGUUCUCCUGCCUCCAGGUCAGCACGUCACGGUGCAGUCCCUGCCUCCAAGUCAGACUCUACAGAUGCCUCAGCAGAAAGUGCACUGUUUCCAGAACCGACUCCUGCAAGCAUCUUCACCGGAAGGAAUAUCAAUGGCUAUGAUUUUGGGAAGAUCUUUUCAGGCGGUGCUUCUUCAGUGAUCUUUAAAGUAAAAAAGGGAGGCACCACAUAUGCUGCCAAAGUUUUUAAACGCAUUCACCCCUACGAGGAGAGGCUUCUGAAGAUCUCUAAACGUGAGUACAAGAUUAUGAAGAAGUUAAAGCAUCCGCACAUCGUGAAGGUUUACGAUUAUUUUGUGUUCCGCCUUCAUGGCGUUAUCAUCAUGGAAUACGUACAGACCUCGGAGCUCUGGAAAUUCUUAGACAAAUCUAACUGCGUCAUGUCCCUGUCUGUCCUUAAGAAUAUUCUAUGGGACAUCCUCAGCGCCUUGAGGCACAUCCACAAACAUCGUAUCUCCCAUAUGGAUGUCAAGACGAAUAACAUCCUCGUCGACAGAAGAGGGUGUGCGAAGAUCACAGACUUCGGAGGAGCGGUGAAAUUUGGCAGAUUCUUCUCAAAGCGCCACGCGGUGAACUUCUUCACGCCCGACUUUGCCCCUCCAGAGAAACAAUGGCAGCGUGAGAGUGGAGAUGUAUGUGUGGUUCACUACAAGCGUUAUGAUAUGUGGAGUGUCGGGGUGAUGUUGUAUCACAUGUACACGGGGAGGCUCCCCUACGCGCUGCCAGAGGGAAAACUAUACCUCCCUGCUAAACUGUUCACUGGGGUGGUGGACCUGCCGCCGGGGGUGAAGCAAGACGCGGAGUUUCUGUCGCUGGUGAGACAGUGCAUGCAAGUAGAUCCUCUGGAUAGAAUUACGGCCAAAGAGGCUAUCGCACAUCCGUUCUUUGAUUCCGUGCGACACAAAGGACUCAAGAAAUAAGAGCGUUUGGGUAUAUGUGUACAUGCGUGUUUGCGUACGUGCGUAUGCGUGCACGUGAGUGUGAGUGAGUGUGAAUGAGUGAGUUAGUGUGCGUUGGAGCAUGUGGUGAGAACUCAUUGGAGAAAAGCCUGUCGAUGAACGUCUACGUAAUGCCCCAUUUAACGUGAAAUAUUGCAGAUAAAUUCAUUUGUAAUUUUGUAAAAAAAAGUUAUGUCAUGUCAGUGAAUCAGAGGUAGUUUUACACUGUUCACACUUGUCAAUCCAUUGAUUUUGUUCAAAAUGUUGAUUGUUUACUUGUUCAUUCUUUGGAUGUAUCAGAAAUGUCCAAUGUCUAUGAUGGAACUUGGUACGUUCUUGUCGUACUUGUUUGUUUUCUAAUUUAGAUUUUAUAGCAGUUUUGUAAUGCUUGAGAAUUAUGAAUAUAUAUAUUGCCGGCUAAGAUAUUAUACCAUAAAACUAGUUUGUGUUAUUUUGUAAAUAUAAAAAUAUGUAACUGCUGUUUUGCUGUGGAACCAUCGCAAAUUAGAAACC